ACGGGCGGCGGUGGGCGCGGGCCGUGGCAGGAUGCAGGCCAUGAACGCGAGCUCUGGGCGGUUCUGCCGGGAGGACAGCAGCGACCUGGAAGGCUACGACUUCGAGCCGCUGCCCACCCUGGCGGAGGACGAGGAAAACGUGUCGCUGGCAGACAUCCUGUCGCUGCGGGAUGCUGGCCUGGCAGAGCAGGAGGCCUGGGCCGUGUGCCUGGAGUGUGGCCUGGCUCUGCGCAGCGUGGCUGCCUCGGCCUCUGCGCUCUUCCACACGCUCUGCAUCACACCCGACACUCUGGCCUUCAACAGCAGCGGCAGCAUCUGCUUCAUGGAGCAGCUCAGCGAUGACCCUGAGGGCGCCUUUGUCCCCCCAGAGUAUGAUGACACCGGGAACACAUUUGAGGCUCACAUCUACUCGCUGGGCGCCACCCUGAAGGCAGCCCUGGAAUAUGUGGCCGAGCCAGCAUCCCAGCUGAGCCCCGACCUGGAGGAAAUGCUGGGCCGGAUGCAAGCUGAGGACCCUGCAGACCGGCCGGACCUUCAGAGCAUCAUGGCACUGUGUGAGGAGAAGCUGCAACUCACCUCUUCCUGCUGCCUGUGCCGAAGCCUCUCAGCCGCCGGAAGAAGAGUACUCUCCAUUGAGUCCUUCGGAGCACUCCCAGAUGCCAGUGAGAGUCACUGGAGGGGGAGAUUCGCCCCUAAGAGUGUGGAACCGUUGGACCUGCCUGCCCCCGAAGGACAAUCGAAGGAGCCCGUGCCUAGAGCCCUGACCCCCAAGCCUCUGCUGUCAGCCCCUGUGAGAAAUGGGGAGAGCCUCAACCUGGAGGAUCUGGCUGGCCUCUUUCUGGAUGCACAGGGCGACCUGCACCCCAAUUUUCUGGAGAGGAGCCACCUGAGGAAAGGAGUGUCCCUGCGCUUCGUCCUGUCCUCGCUGGGCCGGCCCUUCCGUGAGCACGAGCUGUGGGCCCUGUCCCACGCCUGCCUCAGCGCCCUGAGCACACUCCAGAGACACCCAGCCUGCCUGUGCCUGGACUCGGUGCUGGUGGUGGAGGACGGGGCCGUGCUGUUUGGGCCGCCCCCUGUACACAGUCCCCGAGACACCUUCUUCCUGGCGCCUGAGGUGACAGAGCAAAGACUGGUGACAGAGAAGGCCUCUGUGUACUGUGUGGCCGCCGUGCUGUGGGCGGCAGCCAAGUUCAGUGUCCCACGAGACCACAAGCUGGCACUGCCACGCAGGCUCAAGGCUCUCCUCCUGGACAUGGCAAGACGCAGCGCCCAGGAGCGGCCUUCCGCAGCCGAGGCCAUCCAGGUCUGUGGGACUUACCUAGGCCAGCGAGGCCUGGACGGCAGGCAGGUCCUGGCACAUCUCCGUGCAUCUGCCUGUAAGGGGGACCAGGAGGAAGAUACCGUGAGGUUCCAAACCACCUUCACAGAGAUCAACCGGAGCAUGGCACCUGCACCUCACUCACGCUCUGACCUCACACAACCCUUCACAGGGGACACCGGGCUCAAUCUCACGCAUGGCCCUGUGCUCUCUCCAGGGAUCUCUGAGCCACCAGCAUCAUUCACCUCAAUGGCCACACACUUCAAGCCCAGCGUGCUCCUUCCAGAGGCAGGUGUACCUAGGGACAAGCCAGACCAGAUCGCAGAGAAGAGAGGAUGCCCGGACAGGGAGGAACAUGCAGAGCAGAGUCCCAUGGCCCAGGAAGUGGUCCCUAGCCCAAGGAGCCCUGAACAGCCGGCACUGAGCCCAAGACCACAGGGAUCAGCCCCAGAACUGCACCAAGAGCCAGAGCUGGCCCAGCCAUGCCCCUGCCCACCUUGCCCAGCCCUGCCCAGCCCGGUGGAGGGAGCCUCACCAGUGGUCUCUGACUCCCCUGCCCCCAACUCACCUCCAAAGUCACCCCCAGGUCAAGGGCUGGAGGUCCCUGAGGCCUCACCCGGAGCCCUGGGUCGCAGCUCCCCCCACCUGACUGAGCUGCCCAAAACCAGGACCCCCAGCCAGGAGCCUGGGGUCACCUCAACAGAUCCACAGGACACCACCACAGCUGCAACAUACCCAGUCAGCCCCAGGAGCACGCAUAUCCUGGAGCAGAGUGACCAGGCCUCAGAAUGCAAGUCGUGUCUGUCCAGCGUGGAUGCUGCACCCCUCUUGCCGGGGCCGGCCUGCCUGGCACUGCAGGAGACCAUGCGCCUCAUCCAGGAUGAGUUUGCCUCUGACGGUUACCUGGACAACGGGCUGGAAGCUCUGAUCAUGGGGGAGUACAUCCAGGGCCUGAAGGACCUCACGUACCCCACCUUCUGUGGGGCCAUCUCUGAGAAGUUUUGUGACCUGUAUUGGGGGGACAAACUGCUGCAUGGCCUCUUCUCUGUCGUGAACGGAUCCCAGCCAGCAAUCGCAGGAACUGCAGAGCCGGCUCCAUCUCAACCCCAGGACGGGGAAGACAGCUGCACACAUCUGCUCCCAGGCUCCCCCCGCAGACAUGGUCCCUUGCACAGGGCAGGCAAGGAGAAACCAGCUGCGAGCAGCCGGGGUCCCUGUCCCCCUGUGUCACUGGUCCAUGCCGACUCGGACGAGCUAUCCCAGGGCAACCUGGAGGUAGGGUUCCGGCCUCAGCGGUCCAUGAAAGCCGGGCUGGAGCUGCUGCCCGGGGCAGGUGAAGAGCAGCUGCAGCGCUGGACACGCCCAGCAGCGGACACGCAUGCGGAGGCGAUGUCUGGGCCUGAGGCAGGCAGCCCAACUGAGUUCCGCAGCUGCUGUCCUGGCUGGCGCAGCGCCUUCUAUGAGGCUGACUGCUUUGGCACCGACGUGUCCAGCUAUGCUGAGGAGCUGUCCUGGCAGGCCAGCGGGUCCCCUGAUACCAGCACCCACAACCCGGAACUGGAGCAGCAGCUCCUCAUUGAGCAGAGAAACUUCCGCAAGACCCUCAAGUUCUACCAGAAGCUGCUUCAGAAGGAGAGAAGGGGCAGAGGCUCUGAGGUGAAGACCAUAAUCGCCAAGCUCAAGGGACAGCUGGAGGACAUGCGGUCCCGGGUGCACUUCCUUGGACUGGUCCAGCGGUACCUGCAGGUCACACAUGCUGAGCGCUGGGGCCUGGAGCCUUCCUCACUCCCUGUGAUCGUCAGCAUUGCUGCAGCCCCCUGCAACUCGCUGGACUUCAGUCCCCUGGACGAGUCCUCAUCCCUCAUCUUCUACAACGUCACCAAGCACCCACGCAGUGGCCGGCCACGCAAGGCCCGCGCCCUUCAGGCAGGCACGCCGCUCGGCCUCAUGGCCUUCCUCUACUCCAGUGGCGCCUUUCAGGAGGGCUACGUACAGCAGUUCCUCUACACCUUCCGAUACUUCUGCUCACCCCAUGACUUUCUGCACUUCCUCCUGGAGCGCAUCAGCAGCACCCUAGCGGGGACCCUCCAGGAUUCCACGUCCACCUUCACCAAGAUCUACAGGCGGAGCAUUUGCCUCCUGCAGGCCUGGGUAGAGGACUGCUUCUCUGUGGAUUUUGCACAGGAUGCAACUCUGCGGGCACGACUGCAGGACUAUGUCUCCAAGAUUCUGCCCCGAGAUGGCUCUGUGGAGCACCUGCUGGACCUCUUGGAAGGGGGUGCAGACUUGUGGGCCGAAGGGCCCCCACACAGCACAGAUUUGGAGGACCCCAAGGAGGCUGAGGAGGGCACCAAGUCCCUCAACACCCUCUGUAAGAAGCUCUCCGAAGAUGGCACUUCCCGGAAGAGCUUCCCUUGGCGGCUGCCCAGAGGCAAUGGCCUGCUGAUGGCCUCCAGAGAGCGGCAGUACAGCAUCGCUGCCGCCCUACCCAAGCCCUGCGGUUUUGAGGGUCUCUACGGGGUCUGUGCCGGGGCCGGUGAGAAGGGGCCCUUCCUCCUGACCGAAUACAGCACCACCCAGCUUUCCAGCCAGCUGACUCUGCUACAGGAGGAGCUCUUCCAGAGAUGCCACCCUGUCCACUUCCUCAACUCCCGGGCCUUGGGUGUCACAGACACCAGCACGGCUCUGCCCAGGACCAGCAGCUCUGACAGUGUGUCGGCCAAGGCCGGUAGCCUGUUCCUGCCUGACUGUGUGCAGGACCCAUACCUGCUGCAGCUGCUCAGAAGAGGGGAUGACAUCAGCACCUGGGUGGCUGCUGAGAUCGUCACCUGCCACAGCUCCAAGUUGCAGGUGAAUCUGCUCUCCAAGUUCCUGCUGAUCGCCAAGUCCUGUUAUGAGCAGAGGAACUUUGCCACGGCCAUGCAGAUCCUGGGGGGCCUGGAGCAUGUGGCUGUGAGGCAGUCCCCUGCCUGGCGAGUUCUGCCUGCCAAGGUGGCCGAGGUGCUGGAGGAGCUGAAGGCAGUGGAGGUCUUCCUGAAGAGCGACAGCCUGUGUCUGAUGGAGGGACGACGCUUCCGGGCACAGCCCACCCUGCCCUCUGCCCGCCUCCUGGCCAUGCACGUCCAGCAGCUAGAGACUGGGGGCUUUACCAUGACCAAUGGGGCUCACAGGUGGAGCAAGCUCAGAAACAUCGCCAGGGUGGUGAGCCAGGUCCGCGCCUUCCAGGAGAAUCCCUACACCUUCGCCCCUGACGCCAAGCUGCAAAGCCACUUGCGGCAGCGGCUCGCACACUUCAGCGGGGUCGACAUCUCCCUCCUGGCAUCCGACAGCAGGGCUGACCCUCGCCAGCUGGCCAGCGAGAAGCAUUCGAGGAGGAUCCAGGACAAACUGCGGAGGAUGAGGGCCACAUUCCAGUAAUGGGCACAGGGCAGCGGCCACAACAGGGCAGACCAGGGGCAAGGACCUGCUCCAGACAAAGGGCACCCCCGGUGAGGAA